AUGGACGAGUUGUUCGCCAGGCAUCGGAAAGAGCAACGCGAGCUUCAGAACCGCAUCACCUCCAAAAAGAAAAACGCCACCAAGAAAACCAGGAAGGGCGUCAAUGAUGAAUGUGAGUCCUUGGAACGAGAACUUCGAGAGAAGCAGCGAGCAGAAGUUGAGGCUCUGCAACCGGACAGUGUCGAGAACGGUAUCGAAUCUCUAAGUAUCAAUGGACACGACAAAGAAGUUGAUGAUCUCGAAAAUGACGGGGAAGAUACAGGCACUGCUGUCAACGAUGAGGACAGGAAGCAGGUAAAAUUCGACGCGACCGCCAAGGAUCCAGUCGAGCCGUCGGAUUCAUCUGUUUCCCGGACCAAGAAGCCUAACCGACAGAAAGCACGCAUGGCGCGGAGGGCUGCAGAGCAAGAAGCCCAAGCAGCUGCAGCCGCUGAGGAGGCCGCCAAUCUGCCAGACCUACGAGAGCAAGAGAUGAGUGCCAUGAAGACACUACAAGAAAAGCACGGCCUUAUCGAGACCUUCAUCCGUCCUGAUGGCCACUGUCUCUAUUCUGCAUGUGCUCUAGGUAUGGAUUCAGAACAAGUGACGCGAUCGGGGCCACACUCCCUACCGUACCAGAACGUUCGCCUCGCAGCAGCAGACUUCAUUUCGAAGCACCCAGAUGACUUUUCCGCAUUUCUGGAGGAGUCGCUCGACAAGUAUGUGACCAAAGUCAAAGAUACAGCUGAAUGGGGUGGUCAGCUGGAGCUUCAAGCGAUUGCGCGUGCCUACAACGUCAACAUACACGUCCUUCAAGCGGAUGGGCGUGUCGAAGAGAUCCGCUCCGGCCCAAGCGCAAGUGAGCAGCCAGGUGAUGUUUGGCUAGCCUACUACCGACACAGCUUCGGUCUGGGCGAACAUUACAAUGCGCUGAAGAAGAGUGAGAAGACCUGA